AUGGGCGCUCUGAAGGUGCUGAGCAUCGUCUUUGUGGUGCUGCAUGUGGCUGAUGCUGCAGUGAUCCCAUGUACCUGGACGCAGUUCAGACUGAGAGAUCUGAAUGAGGAGAGCAUCAUGCUGCUGGAGAAGAUGGGGGCUUCGUUGCCGUUGAGGUGCUUGGAGGAAGGAUGGCGCGCGCUCCCAGAUGACGUGUUCUUAAACGCACAGAAUGAAGACCUGGCUCUUGUUGCUCUUGAAACUCUGAGAGGUGUUGAUAGAAUCUUCCAGAACGAACAAACAUCCGUCACGUGGGACCGAGAAACUCUCGGACUCUUCAAGAACAUCAUCUCUUCUAGACAAGUGGAGAAUCUGCAGAAAUGUGUGGGAGAUGAUGCAUCCCAGAGUGCAGUGGGCGGUCCCUCUGCAGGCAGCAGCGUUGCUCAGCUGAAGUUGUAUUUUGAAGAGCUGGAGGAGAAGCUGAGAGUGAAGGGAUUCAGCGACUGUGCCUGGGAGAUGGUGAGGAAUGAAGUUCUCCAGAGUCUCAGGAAGUUUCAGCAUUUUCUGACUCAAAACAUUCUUCUCUGCAUUGUGCAGGUCACCUCAAUGCCCACUAAAUGCCAGCUUCAGCGGACGCUCAUGGAAAAAACCCACAACUUGCUGGAGACCAUGGAUGUGGGGGCCGCAAAGGCUGUUUAUAAGAGCCUGAUGAAGGUGAGCUCCCUGAUGGAGAGCAAUAGUUUUCCACAGUCCUGGGACGCUGAUAAGCUUGUAAAGUUUCAGAUCAUCGUGGACCGACAGAUCGAGGAGAGCGAAUGUAUCAUGAGAAUCAAAACACAAAAGGAAGAAGAUGAUUUUGCUGUGAGAGACGCUGCACUUACAGACUAUUUUGACAAACUCGAGAAACUUUUGAAAGAAAAGGAGUUCAGUGUGUGCGGGUGGGAAGUGGUUCGCAGGGAGCUGCUGUCGGUUCUGCAGUUCAUUCUGGACAAGAACUCCAAAAAUUUCUGGCCAACAAGAGUUUAA